GGGAGAGUGAGAAAGGACAGCAAAACUACAAAAGGAUAAAAGCAAAACUAUUAAGUCAUAUAGACACAAAAGGAAAGACAAAGGGUAAUGGUAUUGUCUAAAUUUCAACAAAUGUUCUUAAAUACUUAUUGGACAUAGAUGAUUUGCAGGAUAUAGCAAGAUAAUUCUUUUUUUUUUUUAAGAAAAGACUUGACAUGGGCACUUGUUGGGCUCCUCUCCUAUAACCACUCUUUGCUUAAGCAGCCAAAAAAAGAAAAGAAAGAGGGGUUGGGGAUAAAUUGAGUGGUGUUUGAAAAGCCAGAGGUGUCUCCUUCUUCCAUAUCUUACAUACACUAUCCUCCUUUCUACCUCUUCUGCUCUUUCUCUCAUUUUUUUUUUAUUGUCUUCUCAAGUGAAUGGAAGGAGAAAAAGAGAGAAGUAGGUUUAAGAGAAUAUGUGUCUUCUGUGGAAGCAGUGCUGGAUAUAAGCCUUCAUUUAGUGAUGCUGCUCUUCAACUUGGUAAAGAGCUGGUUGAGAGAAAGAUUGAUUUGGUCUAUGGAGGAGGAAGUGUAGGCCUUAUGGGUUUGAUCUCACAAACUGUGUUCAAUGGAGGUUGCCAUGUUCUUGGAGUGAUUCCUAAGGCCUUAAUGCCCCAUGAGAUAUCAGGAGAAACUAUAGGGGAAGAGAAAACUGUGGCAGACAUGCACCAGAGAAAGAAAGAAAUGGCAAGGCAUGCCGAUGCUUUCAUUGCACUUCCUGGUGGCUAUGGAACACUUGAAGAACUGUUAGAGAUAAUUGCUUGGUCUCAACUAGGAAUUCAUGACAAGCCAGUGGGAUUGUUGAAUGUAGAUGGAUACUACAACAGCUUGCUUGCUUUAUUUGACAAAGGAGUUGAAGAAGGCUUCAUUAAAGAUACUGCAAGAAAUAUUGUGGUAAUAGCAGAUGCAGCAGCAGAACUCAUCAAGAAAAUGGAGGAGUAUACACCAGUGCAUGACAAGGUUGCACCUAGACAGAGUUGGGAAGUGGACCAAUUAGCAGAGUCUACCACAAGUGGGGGAUUCCUAGGAUCUUAGAUCUUAAGAAGCCAUCUGUAAAUAAUAAUAUGCAUAUUUUAUCUUAAAGACUAUAUAUAGUCUAUAUAUAAUAUAUAUGUUGGUGCAUUUCCAUUUUGAUCAAAAAGAAAAAGACAGCAAAAGAUAACCCAAUCCCUUUCUCUCACUAUAGUGGGGAAGUCUGAAGAUCCCCCAUAUCUUAAUCAUCCCCAUUUGUAUAUUUAUUAUGGCAAUGUAUGUUCUGGUUGCUUUCAACCCAAAUUGAAUUGCAAGAGAUUCUCAUCUCUCUCUCUCUCUCU